UGUCCACGUCAAACCUGACAGCCAUCGCCGCAGCCGAGCUGAUAAUAUGGCUGCAGUUGAGGUGGCACUUUCUGGGCGCUGUGUUGUUUAGACCGGCUAAAAAACUGCUGAAAACACCGCUAACACUCAGCGUACGCGACUCAGACCUGAACGCAGCGCCGCCAUUAAAGGUAUCAGCCGUUUGACUGCGAUAUAAGUUAGCUUAGCUUAGCUUAGCUUGGCAAAUUCCUUCAGGCAAACGAUCAGCUGUUACUAGCCGGAGUCUUUGCUAAAUGAGCGUCUGUCAGCCUGAAAAGCGACUUUGUUUCGGGACAUUUCAGUGGACUGUGAAGUUUAACGACGUGUCUGUGGUUUCGUACGAACAGUUGAGCUUCAUGACCGAGUUCACGGUGUCACCUCUGGAGUCAAAGCUAGGCUAGCCCCCCUGGUCCUCCUCGGCCCUGCUUUGUUUUUGUUUGGUUUGUAGCCCUCCUCGAGAUGUCAUCGUGGCUGGGUGGGAUCGGCUCCGGCCUCGGUCAGUCUCUGGGCCAGGUCGGCGGGAGCCUGUCCACCUUCACCGGACAGAUAUCUAACUUUACCAAAGACAUGCUGCUGGAGGGGGUGGAAGAAGUAGGAGAUGCUACCACAGAACUGCAGGUGUCCAAUUCCAGGUUGGCCGAAGUCGAGGCUGCGUUUGCCACUCAGAAAUCUGAGUAUGAGAGAUUAAGAAAGCUCCAUGCAGAGCUGGAGGAGAAGCACGAGGCGUCAGAGAUCCAGAUUAAAGCACAGUCUGCAGAGUACAGAACCCUCCUGCAACAGAAAGAUGUGGAGAUCAGUCACUUGAAAGCUCGGCAGAGUGGACUCCAGGAGCAAGUCCAGAAGCUGCAGCACUCAGCUCAGUCCUCCUCCAUCGGCCCCGCCGUGCUGCCCGUCACCACUGCUUCCUCGACCACUACUUCCUCUUCUGUCUCCUCUUUCCUGUCACGGCCUGCAGGGUCCCACCAGGGCUUCCACAGCGACGAAAUGGACCUCAGCGACGUCCUCUGGUCGCAGCAGGAGAUCAACCGGCUGUCGUCAGAAGUCACGCGUCUGGAGGCUGAGGUGGCGCACUGGAGGAGAAUGUCUCAGGCAUCAACAGCAGCAGGAGGUGGUAACGGCGACCAGGGAGAGAUUGUCAAACUUCAAAGAACCAUUAAGGAGCUGCGAGAGGAGAUGAGUCGUGAGGUGGAUGAACACCAGCAUGAACUGGCGGCUCUGCAGGACGCCCAGCGGCAGAAGAUGGCCGACAUCACACGGCGACACAGAGAGGACUUAGCAGAGUACGAGGAGAGGAUAGAGGAGCUGGAGGAACAGAUUCAGAGUGGUGGUGGUCCAGCAACUCCUUCAUUAGAUGCCUCCAAAGUGGCUGAACUGCAGAAAACCAUAAGCUCCCUGCAGGAUGCGGCAGAUCAACGGGAGAAGCAGCUGGCCGAGCUGUCUGCCAGUCUGGAGGAGGCGCAGAGGAAACAGGCAUCGCUGCAGCUGGAGAAGGACGAGGCCCAGGAAGAAAACACCGGGCUGCUGCAGAAUUACACGCGGCUGCAGGCCUCUGUAGCCGAGCUGCAGACACGAGUACAAGAGCAGGAGGGGAAGUCUCUGCAGAAAGCCCAGCUGGACCACGAGAUCCAAGUGUUGAGGAAAAACCUUGAAGCUGCCGAAAAAGAAAUAGAGGAACUUAAAAGCCUGGCUGAGGCAGGACCAAAGGAAGAAGUUGAGCACGCAGACAUCUUAGAGCUGAACACAAUUAUUGGGACGUUGAGACAAGAAAAGGAAGACUUAGAAGAAGAAAAGCUUAAUCUGCAAGAAAGACUAAAACAGGCAGAGGAGCAAACCAUUAGCAAUAAUGAAGCUGAGUCUGAUGAAUCAGAGUCAGUGGAUAUUCUGAAGGCGGAGCUGGAGAGGAGAGAAAAGGCCCUGAGAAACGUUGAGGAGGAACGCGACACCCUGAUGUCUGAGCUGGAGGAACUGGACCGGCAAAACCAGGAAGCAACACAGCACAUGAUCUCGGUGAAGGAGCAGCUCUCUGGACAGCUGAAGGAGGCCGAGGCAGAGCUGAACACAACCAAAGAGCAGAAGAGGGCACUGGAGCAAGAGCUGGAGUCCCAAAAAGAGAAAACGAGCCACAGUGCUUUCACCCUCAACGAACUGCAUAUGGGCAAACAGGAGCUGGAACGGACAGUGAAGGAGCUGAAGGAUAAACUUGGACAUGCGCAGGAGCAGAGCAGGGAGGCACGUAGAGAAAUCACACAGCUGAAGAAGACUCUUCAGGAGCAAGAGGAGCAAUUUUCUUAUGCCAAAGCACAGGUGGAUCAAGCGGGGGAGAGAGGAGGUGAGGCACAGGAAACUAGAGAGAAGCUAGCAGGGAAGGAGAGGGAGUUGUUGGAACUCAGGAGAGAACUGAACGAGUUGAGGGGCUCUCAGGAGAAGGCGAUGUCUGAGGACUAUGAGUAUAAGAUAGAGAACAGGAGGCUGAAAGCGGAGAAUGAGGAGGCUUUGGGUAAAGCUGAAGAAGUUACCAAGCAGAUGAAGGAAAGCCAGGCAGCUCUGAACAGGACUGUACGUGAGAAGGAAACUCGUAUUGAAGCUCUGAAGCUGGAGAAAACUCAACUGGAGGGUGAAUUGGGGCAGACUGAGAAGACUUUAGCAGAACAGGCGAAACAGUACCAGCAGACCAUCGAGGAGUUGACUCGCGCACGCUCCAUGGAUGCCUCCGCUUUACAGACGGAGCAUGAGCGAGCCAUCAAGCUCAACCAGGAGAAAGACAUGGAGAUAGCUCAGCUGAAGAGGGACAUAGAGCAGUUAGCGUCUGACCACAGAGACACCAAUGAGAUGCUCUCCAUCACUGUUGCAGGGCAGAAGCAGCUGACAGAUUUGCUGCAGGAGAAGGACACCUUCAUGGAUACACUAAAACAGAACGCUUCAGAUUUGCAGAAGGAGAUGGAGAACCGUAUUACAGUCUUGACAAAGGAAGCGGACGCUCUCAAACAGGCACUAGAGGAGAAAGAUAAGCAGUUGGGGGGUAUGAAGGAGGACAACAGUCAUUUGAAAGAAGAGAUUGACCGACUCAGGGAUCAGCAGAGCAGACCUCAACCUCUGACUGAGCCCCGGACCUUAGACAUCAUCACUGAGCUGGAGACGGAGAUCACACAGCUCAAGUCCUCCAGGAGUGGUCAGGAGGAGGAGGUCCAGACUCUGAGGAGAACCGUGGAAGAGCUGCAGGCCUCUCUCCUUCUGUCGCAGCAGUCCCUCCAGACUCAGCAGACUGAGCUUGAGCAGGCUCAUGCUCGCCAUCAGCAGACCACACUUAACUAUGACAGACUCAUCAAUGCCAGAGAUGAAGAGAUAUCCUGCCUCAAGCAGACGGUAGAUCAGCUCAGUGAGAGUCGAGUUCGUGUCGAUUCCCCUCCUGUGCAGGGAGAGGUCAUCCUGCAGGAGGAGAAGACGCAGACUCUAAAUCAGGAGAACGGCAAUGAGAAACACGACCUAUCUAAGGUAGAUAUAGAGAGACUGGUGAAAGGCAUCAAGGAGAAAGAGACUGAGAUCAGCCAGCUGAACGAGAAGAACCUCUCACUUACCAAACAGCUGGAUCAGCUGGUGGUGUCCCGUGAUGAAGUGGGCAAACUGUCCCAGAUGAUCCUGCAGAAGGAUCUGGAGAUCCAGGCGCUUCAUGCCAGAGUGUCCAUGGUCGGGGGUGGCGGACACAGCCAGGAUGUCAUGUUCCUACAGCAGCAGCUGCAGGCGUACGCUGUGGAAAGAGAGCAAGUGCUGGCCGUGCUCAAUGAGAAGACCAGAGAGAACAGCCAGCUUCGCUCCGACUAUCACCGUCUCAUGGACAUCAUGGCAGGGAAGGAGGCGGCUCUGAUGAAGCUUCAGCAGGAGAACCAGCGCCUCUCCAACAUGAGCGAUCCCACAGGAAGCCAAGAGAUGUUCAAGGAGACCAUCCAGAACCUGUCCCGCAUCAUCAGGGAGAAGGACAUAGAGAUUGAUGCUUUAACCCAGAAGUGCCAAACCCUGGUGACCGUCCUGCAGUCCUCAGGAGGAGAGUCCGGCGCCGGCUCUGGAGGCGUCAGCAGCAACCAGUUUGAGGAGCUUCUACAGGAGAGGGACACACUGAAACAGCAGGUGAAGAAGAUGGAGGAGUGGAAGCAGCAGGUGAUCACCACGGUCAAGAACAUGCAGCAUGAGUCGGCUCAGCUGCAGGAGGAGCUGAUCAAACUACAGGGACAGGUCUCCGCUGACAGCGACUGCAGCUCCAAGCUGUCAGUGGACUAUGCUGGACUGAUCCAGAGCUACGAGCAGAAGGAAAGGAGGCUGGGAAGUCUUAGUCAGGAACUAGCUCAGGUCCAACAGACUAUCACCCAGCUCAGCACCACCAAGGAUGUCCUGCUGGGUAAACUGGACAGCGUGGCACAGACUCCUGAAGCUGUAGCUGCUCAGUCUAGUGCACCUUCUCUCACAGCUGAUGCUCCAAGCCAGCAGAUGUCUCCAACAGCAAGCAACGAGAAACUACAGGAAGAAAUGACACGAUUGCAAACUCAGUUAGCUGAGAAGGAAAACAUAAUCAGGACUCUUCAGGAGAAUAACCACCGGCUCUCCAACUCAGCAUCUGCCACAGAGAGCGAGCAGAGAAGUCAAGCGGAGGAGGUCCGGCUAGUCAAAGAGAGGCUGGAGGCCCUGCAGAGGUCUGUGAGGGAGAAAGACCUGCUCAUCAAAAACAAAGGCGACCAGCUGAGUCAUGUCAGCGAUUCGCUACGUAACCGCGAGAAUGACAAUGAAGUCCUGAAGCAGGCGGUGACCAACCUGAAAGAGCGCGCUCUUAUCCUGGAACUGGAUGUGAAGAAGCUGAAGGAGGAGAACGAGCAGGUGGCUGCACGCUCUCGAGAGAAAGAGUCAGAGUUCAGAGCGCUGCAGGAAACCAACAUGCAGUUUUCCCUCCUGCUGAGGGAGAAGGAGUUUGAACUGAGUGCAGUGAGCGAGAAGUCUGCAACUGUGGAGAGGAUGCUCAAGGACAAAGAGCAGGGUAAGUCUGGUGAGCUGAAUCAACUCCUGAAUGAACUGAAGUCCAUGCAGGACAAAGCUGUGGCGUUCCAGCAGGAGAGGGAUCAGAUAAUGAUGGCACUCAAGCAAAAACAAAUGGAGACCACUGCAGUACAAACUGAGCUUCAGCACAUGAGGGACAAAGAGCAGCGUCUCAACUUGGAGCUGGAAAGGUUGCGUAAUCACCUCUUAGAGAUUGAGGACUCAUACACGAGAGAAGCCCUCGCUGCAGAGGACAGGGAGACUGAACUGCGCAGGAGGGUGGCGCUGCUGGACGAGAAGCUGGCCACGUCCUCGAGUGCUGUGGAGAAUGCCAGCCAACAGGCCAGCAUGCAGGUGGAGUCUUUGCAGGAGCAGCUGAGUGGGGUGGUGAAGCAGAGGGACGAAGCACUCAUCCAUCUCAGAACCUCCCAGGAGCAGGUCAACCAGUAUGCGGUGUCACUCUCCAACCUGCAGAUGGUGCUAGAGCAGUUUCAACAAGAAGAGAAAGCCAUGUACUCGGCAGAGCUUGAGAGGCACAAGAAAGAGAAGGAGGAGUGGAAAAGAAAAGCUGAGAAGCUGGAAGACCAAGCAUCAGCCCUUCAGAUUAACCUUGACGAAGCCACCGCUGCUCUGGAGUCAGCGUCUCGCCUCACCGAUCAGCUCGAUCUAAAGGAGGAGCAGAUUGAGGAGCUGAAGAACCAAGUGGAUGUGAGACAGGAGAUGUUGGAGGAAGCGCAGAGGAAACUGAUGAACCUCCUGAACAGCACAGAGGGGAAGAUAGACAAAGUCCUGAUGCGAAACCUGUUCUUGGGAUACUUCCACACACCUAAAACCAAGCGUGCCGACGUGCUGAGGCUCAUGGGAAGUGUUCUGGGACUGAGCAGAGAAGAUGUCGAUAAGAUGUUAGAGGAGGACGGACGGCACGGUGUUACUGGAUGGGUGUCGAGCUGGCUGGGAGGCAGAGGAGCACAGAGUGUCCCAAACACUCCUCAGAGGCCCACCAGUGGCCAAGGGUUCAACCACUCCUUCUCAGAGAUGUUUGUGAAGUUCCUGGAAAUUGAGUCGACCCCUACGCUGCCGGCCCCAAGGCUCCCAGUCCAUGACAUCAAGCCUCUGAGCGCCCCGCCUCCGAGACGGACCAGCGGUGCUGCUUCCAGCCCCGCCGCAGGAGCUGCAGCCGUCGCCAAGAGACUUGGCGAGUCCAAUCCCUUCCUGGCCCCUCGCUCUGCAGCGGUGCCCCUGCUGGCUGGCUCCAGCUCCAGCGGCUCGGGAGGUCACCUGCUCAUGAAGCCCAUCUCUGACGCUCUGCCUACCUUCACGCCUGUGCCGGUUUCAGCUGAGGCCAGCGCUGGAGCUGUGCUCAAAGACUUGUUGAAGCAGUGAUCGCUCACAUAAAGAGUGCCAGAUAGACGUUAAGUUUUACACUACAUAGACUCUGAGCAGCUCUGCUACUUAUUGCUGCUCUUUUUAAAGAUAUUCUGCAACAAUAAAUGAUCAGAGAAUUCAUAAAGGCUUAAUAUUCCCUUUUUGGGAGGGGAUACAAACUAAAUGUGUUUUUUUUAGGUUAAGUUUUACUUGCAAUAGCUGCUCUAUGCAACAGAGUCUCCCUUUACACAUCAUCUCAGCAUUAUUGUCACGUGUUGACCUACAAGUUGUUCAAUGAAGUGGCUCCACAUGAAAGAAGGACACAGGAUGAAGCAUUUUAAACUUGUAGUUCAUUCAGAGUGAGAACACCAGUAGAUUUUCAUAGAAACAAUUCAUUUAGUUGUUUGAUUUUCCCUCAUCGCACCUGUUCUGAACACAAGUGACCUUGUUAACUCACUGUGUGCAGUUCAAUACAUGUGGGUCGAGUCUUAUCAUCACCUCUGUCUGCAGCAGGAAACAUCUUCAGUCUUCAUCCUCUGACUUUCAUUGGACAGCUUUUAUUUUCUCCUGAGUCUUUUCUUCUUUGCAGCGAUGCAGUGAAUUGUUUCUGAUCCAGGACUUGCCUAAAACUCUGGCAGCGGGAGCCUGCAUAGAGAUUUAUGUGGUUCAGUACAUCUGUUUAAACCAUAAAGACAUUUUUUGCUAAAUCUUGUCUUUUCCAGACGGCCUGACUGUGAUAUGCAACAAGCGUUGUAAUUAUGGCCGUAACUGCGGACUGUGGUUGAUCAGAGGCUUGAGACUGCUCACAUGUAUGUCGAAGUACAGUACUAUUAUAUAGUUAUAUAUAUGUAAAUGGGUGGUUUUCUUCCUAUUUAUAGGCACUAAGGAAGUUUUGGAAGUCAAGUGCCUGCAUUUUUUGCUAAUUAGAUAGUUGUAUAAUCAGGAUUGUAAAUGGUUAAUAUAAAUAUAUAUAUUUACAAAAUGUAAAAAAAAAAAAACCUGCACAUUUAAAAAGUUUUACCUGACCAGAGCUGGCCAGAGCUGCUCUACGUGUUUUUUUGUAUAGACAUCAAUCAGCCGCUGCAGAGGGAAUGUUACAGGGUUUCUCCAGGUGUAUUGAUAAAGUGUAUAAAAUGUAAAAUCCUCGCUGUAAAAGAAUUUUUGUAGAUGAUAAAAUCUGAAAAUCAGAGGUGACAAAAAAGGAGUUGGAUUCACUUGAAGUUGGAUGAUCUUUAAAGUAAGUUAGUACCUGUGAUUUAAUUGGGAUUUCAGAUCAAAUAAAGGUACUGCUGAC